GAUUGCCUUACUUUGAUUGGUUAGCACGCUUCCUGAUACAACGUCGCUUCAUCCUCGUCGUUGUAGCACAGCUAGCUAAAUGAAACUGAAAACAUUGCCAUUGAGGCAACAAACUCGAUUGAUUGACAAACCAAUCCCAGAGGGUCAAGUGUACAGAAGCAGCACAGCAGAUUACUGCUUAACGUUCAUCUGUGUCAGUGUCAACAGUCUGAGGGCUACCUACCUAUCUAAGGAACAUUAGAGAUUGACUGAGACAACAGUAAGGUUUGACCACAGGGGUCAGAAGGGCUGAAGAUGGCAGGGUUCCUGGACAACUUCCGCAUGCCGGAGUGUGAGUGCAUUGACUGGGGGGAGAGGAGAAAUACCCUUGCAUCCAUCGUCGCUGGAGUCCUGUUCUUUACUGGUUGGUGGAUCAUGAUAGAUGCAGCUGUGUCCUACACAACCCAGGAGAUGAACCCUGCCUUCCACACGUGUGGAGUCUUUGCCACUGUAGCCUUCUUCAUGAUCAAUGCAGUGUCUAAUGGCCAGGUGCGAGGUGAUACCUAUGGAGAGGGCUGCUUCGGCAGGACCGGAGCUCGUCUUUGGCUGUUCAUCGGUUUCUUGAUGAUGUUCGGCUCCCUCAUCGCUUCCAUCUGGAUCCUGUUCGGAGGAUAUGUGGUUCCCAAGAAAGACGUGUAUCCAGGACUGGCAGUGUUCUUUCAGAAUGCUUUGAUAUUUUUCAGCACGCUGAUCUACAAGUUUGGACGAACCGAGGAUUUGUGGGCUUAGAGCUCUCUGCAUAGUACAUCCCUAACCCCAUCUCCCCAACACACACACACUCACUCGCUGGGGUACUAUUGUUGUUUUUUACCAGAGUCAAGGCCAACUGACUAACACUACUCAGCUCUCAUCUACAAUGUUCUAUAUAUUGGCAUAUGUAUUACCAUUAUACGCCUACUUAUGGACAUUGGAGUAAUGUACUGUGUCAAACUAGCCUCUGCCGAGUAUAGGCUAUUUGUUUUCCACUGCUUAUCAUCCAUAACUGGGCCCUGAAGUUCAGCCAUAUUCACAUACUUGACAUUUAGAUUUAUACUUUUGACUAAAACAGUGGUUACGACACUGUAAAACUAUGUUGAUAGACGGUGGGAAAAUUCACACUUUGUCAAAUGUAAUCAUGACAUUUCUUUCAUAUUUAUCCCCCCCAUAUUCCAGAGCACCUCUGAAGUAUUAUUGUGUUGCCCUGAAGUGAUUCACCAUCUCCCAAAGAUUGUUUAUUUAUGUAAAUACAUAUAUUGUAAGAGCUAGAGGCCUUCACCAUCCAAAAAGUUUGGACCUAGGGAUUUUCUACCCGGACUGGAUAUGCAUAAAUAUUUUUUUAAUAAAGAGACCCGUUCCGUAUAGACCUGGUCCGAUCCGAGUGAGGGAAGCAGCACAAAAGGCUACUUUAUUAACUGGAGCUGAUAAAGCGUGAGGGCGAGAUAGGUGCCGCUCUAGCAGGGGCCGUGCCUGCUGUGUGUUCGUGGCUACUGUGAGUGAGCGAGUGAUGAGGUGGAGGAGCGAGAGAGACUACAGACCGCAACCAACCAAGCCGUCUCGCGCUAUAGUAGACUAAUAGCUGGUAUAUCUAGGUUAUUUAUCAUCAAAUAUGAUUACGUAGUACCUGUCUUGACUGCAUCAAACCGACUAAUUGAGGCUGCGUGCUCUUUCUCGUCCUAAGCAGUUAAACUACAACUCCAUUCAAAAUAUUAAGUAGCAGCCUAACUGUUGAGUCGAGAUCACUGUAGCUGUCCUUCACAUUUUUAACUUUUAAUGCCGUCAUUUUAAUUCCAUCUUCCAUUGAUUAGAUAUCUCCUAACUUUUGCCACACGGAGGCUCUAUGACUGUAGCCUAUUGCCGCAUUGAUGACUUUUGAUUGGCCAACAACAACAAGCUUCACGCGCCAAUAUUAUGAAAAGCAAGAGCAGCAGCAUAAAUUAUACAAUUUCUAAUUUUCUCUCUCCUGCAGCAGUUGCGUUCGGAUCGGUACGGGUCCCACCGGUCAAGUCACUUAAAAUUGACACAUGCCCAUGACCAUUAGAUUCGACUUAGACCCGUGAUAUUUAGAAUUCUGGAUGGUCCAGGGAACGGGUGUCUGGUAUUUGGGUACAGGUGGAGACCUCUAAGAGCACAUGUUAUCACUGGGAACAAAGUUUUUUGAUUGAUCUGCUCUCAAUUCUAUUUUAGCAAGCUGUUAUCUAUCUUAUAUCUUAUCUUAUCACAUGCACUGGAUUAUAUCAAAGCGUUUAUGGGAAAUUUGUCUGCUUCAAACUACGAUCAGUUCCUGUUUGUUUUAAAUGGGGUAGCUGUCGUUCUGUCUCAGGAUUUGUCAUUUUUGAAGUCUUUUUUUUUUUGAGGUCCGAAGCAUUUUUUCUAUUGUCGUUCCAUUCAGAAAGUGACAAAGUAUCUUUAUAUGAACAAAGGUAACCUUGUAACGGUCGUCGUUAUCAUAGCAAAGUUCCCUUCGCCCAUUUAAACAAUGUUUCUGUUUUCUACAUAUCGAGUUCCCAUCCAAAAUAGCACUAGUUUAGGUACAGUGAGAUCCUGCAUCUGAAUCCAAUACUAUUAUGUAUACUACACUACUACCCCACAGAUUGUGCUAUAGCGGGCCUAUCCUGCAUCUUAAAAAUGCUUAAGUAGAUAAAGAAGGGGUAUGAGCACGAUGUCACAAUAGCAAUUUACAUCAGCCAGCCCAAAGCAUGCUGGGGCGUAUCAGCUCCGUAAUAACCAUUUACGCCAAUAUUCAAGCCAAUAGCUGAAGAAAAGGGUGAAGCAUGUAUGGUAGUAGACAGGUGGCUCCUUUUUCUAGUGUUGCUAUCGACUACCUCAUCCCUUUUGUGUGAUAGCUGUUCCAUUUAGCAGCCAUGUGAGUAAGACUGCCCUGGUUCUCACCCUCUUCACCUGUUUAAAAAAAAUACAUGUCAAUCUGAAGCACCAGGGCUGUGCUAGCUAUGUAUUUUUAGGAAGGGAACAAAUUUGGAAGGCAUUAUUAUAAGGAUUUGGCGUCAGGUCAGUGUUGAGCUAGAGGUGGAUGAAUAUGGCUGAUCGAGGGCCGUAAACUGGAGCUCGGUAGCUGGAGAUAAUGUUUUUGUCUGGUGGUGAGUAGUUGACCAGAUACGGGCUGAAAUCAACUUCCUCUAGCUGGAGGAAGUUGAUUAAAAAAACUCAGUCCCAAAUGUAGCUAAAAUUAACAGAAGGAAAUUUAGGUGUGAAAUCCUUAUGGGGAAAGUAUUUUUGAGUAGCAUUGACAGAUGCAGCGUGAUUGGUUGGUUCUUGAAUUCCAAGAGAAGUAAACACAGAUGACUUUUGACUUAUCUGAAAUGUUCAUGUCGUCUGCUAAGCAUCCAAUGCUAAUGACAUGAAUCUGUCGAUCUGGAUGUGAAUGAGCUACAACCAGUGAAUGAGAGGUCAUUAUGAAGUGUUUCAAUGGGUUAUAUAUAUGCUAUUAUACCCCCCCAAAAUAACCACUUUCAAUUUGUGAAAAGGGGAAGUGUUACGGGGUACCGAUUCAUCAAGCGUUUUGUAGUAGUUCUCUGUCCUUGAUCAUUGACUUCCUCUGUUCAAAUUUAACAACAGACGUGGAGUAAAUGGUCACAUAAUCUGCUUCAAUAAAAAACCAUUUAAAAUGUAAA